AUGAGAUCUCUCAUCGUCUUUUUCUUGCUAUUCGCCAUCGCCUUGGCGCAACGCGGUGGUCACAGACGCGGAAGUCACAGUCGAGGAAGUGACGAACACGAUGAUGACCAUCACGGCCAUGGCCACGGCGGUCGACCACGUUUCCCGUUCCCGUUCCCCAGACCACAAGAAGUUUGUCAUUCCUGCGUUCGUCAGCCACUCUUCAUCUCGAGCUUCAGCAGCCAGAGCCCAUGCGUUUUCCAACCCGGCACACAGCUCUCAUGCACUUCGUGCUGUCAAUCAGUGGCCUCACAACAAAGCUGGGGAGUGCAAUACCGUGGCGCCUUCUUGAUGCAAUUCGGCUCACAAUGGAGCUGCUCGUGUUGCUUUGACACUUUCAACUGUCGACAA